AUGGUGCGCUCGGAUUCUCGGCGUGCGCGGCAGGCAGGACACUCCCCAGAAUCCUGGGUCGAGUUAUCGUCACAGCCGUCUUCAUCGUCUUUAUCGUCCAUCGGAGAUGAUAUCGUCACGACAGGACUCAGGGUGCGGAGCAACCCUCAUGGCUCAAGGCGGAGACGCUUGCAACCGCAGCAACCCAUGCCCGCCUCCUUCAUCAUCGGCCACCCAGCGACGCAAGGGGGCGCAACUAGCAGUCAGGAGGAGUAUGACGAGACGGAGAGUGAAGAGGAUCGGGUUAUGACAAGCUCAACCGAAGCGAUACACCCAUCGGCGAAUCUCCAUCACCAACAGACCACUCUGAGGGCGGCCGUAAUGGACGUAGCCUCAGAUAGCGACGAUGACGAGGACGCGACGGCCCUCGGCCGCCCUUCCAACACCCCUGUGUUCAACCCGGAACCGAACUUCUUCUCACACCCUUCCUCCCACCUAACCCACCGACACUCAACCGGCUCCGCUCCUCACCACUACCACCACGCUCCCCAUUCCCGCCCCGUCGGCCGCUCCCAGCGCGGGACACAAGACUUUAUGUCCCCGUCCUACCAAGCUGACCAUGACGCCGCACUCCGUGCCUCGCUCACCACCCUGCUCUCCUGUGCCGCCGCCGCCCGCAGCUUGCCCAAACAUGAAGAAAGGCGCAAUGCCCCCCGCGCCGGCGCCGGCGCCGGCGCCGGCCUCGUGCCCAGUUCUCAGCCCAUGGAGCUACGCCUAGUUCCAGAAUCGGAGCUCAUGGCUAACAAUUCACCGCCCACCGCCAGUCCUUCAGCAGCCGGCCGGUCGUCCAAGGCUCCGCCCCAGCAAGCAGCAACACCAAGGACAGCAUCCAACUCCUCCUCCCCCAGCGCGCCUUCCUCACCGCCCGGCCGUGAGCGUGAAGCAGGGAGGCCCAAGCGGGAGGCCACGACGCAGAGCAGGCCCGCACGCGCGACGAAAAAGAAACGCACCAGCGCCACCGUCCUCGCCGAAGGCGGGAUAGCCGCCACGGACGCGGAUGCCUCGCUAUUCUCUAUGAGCCCGACCAUCUUCACCUGGGUGGUCAGCGCUGGCGUGGUAGUGCUCGUGUCUGUCGUCGGAUUUGGAGCGGGGUAUGUCAUUGGGCGGGAAGUGGGCCGGCAAGAGAGCGCAACGGCCGCGUUGACUGGGUUUGGAUCCGGCGGUGGGGCGAAUGCCUCUUCGGCUGCGGCAGGCUGCGGGAGCGAGCUGGCCCGAUCGGGCGGGACAGGGACGCUGAGGAGGUUUCAGUGGGGCGGUGUUGGCAAGAGCGUUACUGCUUGA